AUGGAGCAGGCGCCGCAGACCGACGACGACGGCUUGCUGGACUGCGGCGUCAUGGAGGACGUCGCGGUCGGCGACCUGUAUCUCAUGGAGGAGCUGUUUAUGGCGGCGCCGGGGUUCGAUUUCUCCGACUUCUCGCAGCCCGGGGCCGGCGACGCGUCCCCGGGGGCCUGCUUCUCGCCUCUGUUCGACAUCUGCAGCACCACCACCACGGGGACUCCCCCGCCGGCGCCGGCGCCGGCGUGCGACGACGACAGGGACCACCAGGCGGCCACCCCGCCGCCGCGCCGCGGCUGGGUGUUCCAGCCCCGGCCGGAGGUCGAGGCCACGGUGAAGGAGCGGCUGCAGCGCGCGCUGGAGCGCAUCGCGUCGCUGUCGCAGACGCAGCCCGGGGAGCUGCUGGCGCAGGUCUGGGUCCCCACCGUCAUCGGCGACCGCCAGGUGCUCACCACGUGCGGCCAGCCCUUCUGGCUCGACCGCCGGAACGAGCGCCUCGCCAACUACCGGACGAUGUCCAUGAAGUACCAGUUCUCCGCCGACGAGACCGCGCGCACCGACCUGGGGAUGCCCGGCCGCGUCUUCGUCGGCCGCGUCCCCGAGUGGACCCCCGACGUCCGCUACUUCUCCACCGAGGAGUACCCGCGCGUACGCCACGCGCAGUACUUCGACAUCCGGGGCAGCGUCGCGCUCCCCAUCUUCGAGCCCCGCAGCAGGGCAUGCCUCGGCGUCGUCGAGCUCGUCAUGACCACGGAGAAGGUCAACUACAAUGCCGAGAUCCAGAACAUCUGCAGCGCUCUCAAGGAGGUUGAUCUCAGAAGCUCUGAUGUUUCGAGUGAUCCCCGUGCAAAGGUGACUGAUACUUCUUACCGAGCAAUCAUACCGGAGAUCGUUGACGUUCUCAGAACUGUUUGUGAGACACACAAACUGCCACUGGCCCAGACAUGGAUACCCUGCAUCUGCCAGACAAAGAGGGGAAGCCGCCACACUGAUGAGAAACUCAAGGACUGUGUGUCUACCGUGGAUGAGGCGUGUUACGUCCGUGACCUAAAAGUAAAGGGCUUUCACGAAGCUUGCUCUGAGCAUCAUCUGUUCAGAGGCGAGGGUGUUGUUGGCAGGGCCUUUGGAACGAACGAGCCAUGUUUCUCCGAGGACAUUACCACCUCCAGCAAGAUCCAAUAUCCUCUCUCUCAUCAUGCCAAACUUUUCAGCUUAAGGGCUGCAGUGGCCAUCCGGUUACGAAGUAUCACCACUGGAAGCCUUGACUAUGUCUUGGAAUUCUUCCUGCCAGUGGACUGUAUAGAGAUUGAACAGCAACGAGCCAUGCUGAAUUCUUUGUCCAUUACAAUACAGCAAACAUGCUAUACGCUUCAAGUUGUCAGCUUGAAAGAACUGGUGGAUGAAGGAUCAAUUGAAACAAGUGCACUAGCUCCACCAGAAUAUGCCAAAACUAUGCAUGAAAACCUAGAUGAGGUUUGUAGUGGCAUUGAUGUUCCUGCAAGGACAGCAUCGCUGGAAACUUCUGAGGAGGUAUCCUCAUGGAUAGCAAGCCUUGUGUGUGCUCAAAAUAAGGGAGUGAAAGAAAUGGAUGGUGAUCUGCCAUUUGGAUUCGGCAAGCAAGAGGAUGAAGGGUUUAGUGUUACAGCUGGCUGGCACACCUCACCAGUAAUAGGGCCUGAAGGUAGCAUCUUUUCAGGGUUUAAGCAACAUGAAGAAUACAAGGUCAAGGAGGUAACUUGUCUCAGAGAUCCAAGCUCUUCCAACUUGGAAAAAACUGUAGAGAAGAGACGGACUAAGAUGGAGAAAACUGUUAGCCUGGAAGAACUUCGGAAGCAUUUUGCUGGUAGCCUGAAAGAAGCUGCAAAGAAUUUAGGAGUGUGCCCCACUACACUGAAGAGAAUAUGCAGGCAGCAUGGAAUUAAUCGUUGGCCCUCACGGAAGAUUAAGAAAGUUGGGCACUCCCUGAAAAAAUUGCAAAUGGUGAUUGAUUCAGUACAUGGUAGUGAAGGAACUGUUCAUCUCAGCUCGCUCUAUGAAAACUUUACCAAGACCACAUGGUCAGAAAGAGAGUCACAGGGGAAUGCCACUUAUCCGUUGUCUGAGGAAAAAGGUCUCUUGGAACCUUCUGUUUCUGAUCGGCAUUGCGGGGGCAGAUUCACCUCGCAUACUUCUGGUUCUAAUUCCCUCUCCACCUCUUGCAGCCAAAGCUCAAAUUCCAGCCAUGGUUGUUCCAGUGGUUCGAAAUCACAACAACAUGGCAGUGCUCCUCAACUUGCAGUAAAGAAAGAAGUUUUCAUGGAGGUGAAUCAGAGCUCCACACUACUCAAAGAUGCGAGCCAUGCGGAAUUGCAGAUGUUUCCUGAAGAAAGACCUGUCACCCUGCCUAGGUCUCAUAGUCAAAUGCUUUUUAGUGAACAAAAACCAGUGGAAAACAUGCCAGGUAUGCAAAUGUCUAAGCCUGAUUCUCUCAAGAUAAAAGCCAUGUACGGCGAAGAAAGAUGUAUAUUCCGACUUCAGCCUAGUUGGGGAUUUGAAAAGCUAAAAGAAGAAAUUCUAAAGCGGUUCGGCAUUGCUCAGGAGAUGCAUGUGGACCUCAAGUACUUGGAUGAUGAAUCUGAGUGGGUUCUUUUAACAUGUGAUGCAGACCUGCUUGAGUGUAUUGAUGUGUACAAGUCAUCAAGUACUCAAACAAAUCGGAGAGAAAGUGAUUGUUUGUGUUCCCUGGCAGUGGCAGCACUUGGGAUUAAUUUGUAUGCAAAGUAUGCCAAGCCGCCAUGUGUCGUUUUAGUGGGCAUGAUGAAAUGUCUUCUCGCCAGUUUUUCAUCCCCAUAUCCCAGAGCAAAAGGUGUUGAGCAGAGAGCACCUGGAGUGAUGACAGGGCAACAAUACAAGCUCACACCUGUUGAAAUGCAAUUUUGUUGGUUCAAGGUCAACAACGACCAUGCUGCAUCAACAGGGCCUGGAAGAAUCAUGGUACGGCUACGAGCGGCGCGCUACGGGCCGCGGUGGCAGGUCCCGGUGUCCCCCAGCCCCCUGCUGCAGGGCCUCGAUGUCCUCGAGCGCGGCGACGACGUCGUCCAUGGAAGGGCGGCUCUUGGGGUCGUCAGUGAGGCACUUGCCGGCGAGCCUGGCGGCCCGGAGCGCGGCCUUGGUGUGGUACUGGCCGUCGAUCCGCUGGUCCAUGAGGCUCUUGAGCUUGCCGGCGCCGGAGAGGUAGGGUUUAGCCCACUCCACCAGGUUGUGCUGGUGUGUCAGGGUCCGCGAGGGAUUCCUGACGAUAACUGGAGAGAAUCAGAGUUUGGAAUGGGAAGAGCAGAGAGUUCUACGAAGAACAGCAAGAACAAGGGCGGUAGAAUUCAAUUAGAGAGAUUGUUCUGUUCUUCGUUACCUAUUACAGAGAGGCUUAGAGGUUAUAUACCCCGCUGCCCAAUCACCGACUUCGCGGUUACAUGGCCUCCGGCCCAUUACAUGAAUCCUGUGACUUCAUCCUCUGUUGAGCUCUAUGCAGAUGGUGUUGUAGCAGAUCAUUCAAUAGAUUCCUUUGAAGCAACCACUGCUCCAGAUCCGCUGAGUGAAAUUGGGUUUCAUUACUGA